AUGGCUCCAUCUAAAAUCAAAAAUGAGGAGGAGUUCCCUCCACAAGAGCUUCAUCUAUUACGAGAUAUUAUCCCUCCUACCGCUCCUGAACCAUUCUAUGAAAAUUACAGAGAAGGUGUACCUAUUGCCCUUGAUAUAGGUACAAGUUCAUUUAAAGUUGGGUUAACAUCGGCCAAUACUCCUAAUAAUGUAUUUGAUUCAGUAAUAGCUCGUUAUCGAGAUCGUAAAGCAUUGAAAACAUUAACUAUUGUGGGUAAUGAUGUAUAUCGAGACUAUUCAUUAAAAUCAUCUACAAAGACUCCAUUUGAUGGAGCAUUAGUAACUAAUUGGGAUUAUUUAGAACUUAUGUUGGAUUAUUCUUUGGAACAUUUAGGUGUUACUAGUAACAAUGGUAAAUUAAAUAAUCCUAUUAUUAUGACUGAACCAGUAGGAUGUCCAUUAAGUCAAAGAAGAGGAAUGUAUGAAUUAUUAUUUGAAGCUUAUCAAGCUCCUAAAGUUGCAUUUGGUAUAGAUUCUUUAUUCUCAUAUUAUGCUAAUUCUUCCGGAACUUCAAAUGGUUUAGUUAUUGGUACUGGUCAUGAACUGACUCAUAUAAUCCCUGUAUUAAAUGGUAGAGGAGUAUUACUGCAAACUAAACGUAUUGAUUGGGGAGGAGAUCAAAGUCAACACUUUCUCGGCAAAUUAUUAGCAUUAAAAUAUCCUUAUUUCCCUUCUAAAUUGAAUUAUCAUCAUACCACUAAUUUAUUUAGAGAUUUUUGUUAUGUUCUGGAAGAUUAUCAACAAGAAUUAAAUCAUUAUCUUGAUAUGGACGUAUUAGAAACUAAGGAUAUAGUAGUUCAAGCACCAGUUGAUAUUACAGUUAGUACUGAAAAGAAGAAGACAGAAGAAGAAUUAGCUCUUCAGGCUCAAAAGAGAAGAGAACAGGGGAAGAGAUUACAAGAACAAGCACAACAAAAGAGAUUAGAGAAGUUGGUUCAGAAACGUGAAGAAUUUGAAUAUUAUUCUAAAUUUAAAGAAGAGUUUCCUAAUUUAAAACCUGAAGAAAUCUCGAGACGAUUAGAGUCCGAUGGGUUUGAUGAUAUUGAAGAUUUUAACAAAUACUUAACUUCAUUAGAGAAGUCAUUAAAGAAUGCAGCUCAUGAUCAAGGAGCUGAAGAAGAAGUUGCAGUAGAUCCUUCAAGUGCUUGGCCAUUGGUGGAUAUACCCGACGAUCAAUUGACCGAUGAACAAGUUAAAGAAAAGAGAAAGCAAAAACUUCAUAAGGCUAACUAUGAAGCACGAGAACGUACUAAAGAAUUAAAAAGAGAAGAAGAAGAGAAACAAGCCAAGUAUGAAGCAGAACAAGCCGAAUGGCGGGAAAGAGACUUUGAUGAUUGGUCAACAUCUAAGAGAUUACAAUUGGCUGAAUUGAUUAGUAAGUAUAAGGAAAGAGCCAAAUUAUUAGAAUCAUUUAAAGAUAGAAAAUCUGCUGCAGCUCAACAAAGAAUGAAGAAUAUUGCCGAUUUAGCUAAUGAUGAAACAGGAUCAACAUCAGCUGCAUCAAGAAAGAGACGUCGGAAUGCCACCAGUACUAUUGAUAAUGAUCCUAAUGAUACAUUUGGAGCUGAUGAUGAUGAUUGGAGUGUUUAUCGAGAUAUUACCAAUGUAUCAAUAGAAGAACAACAAGUAGAAACCAAUAAUCAAAUCUUAAGUUUAGAAGAUGAAUUAUUAAAAUAUGAUCCAAACUUUCAUCAUGAAGAUACAUUUGCUGCCUCUCAAACUUUUGAUUGGAAGAAUCUGGUUUUACAUAAAUUUAUUCAUGGACCUAGACAAAAUAUUACUAUAGCUAUGCAAGCAGAAGGGAUAGAUCCUGAAGAAAUUGCUAAUCAUCCAGAAAUUAUUAAGAAAAAUCAUCAAAUUCAUUUAAAUAUUGAAAGAAUUCGAGUUCCGGAAAUCUUAUUUCGACCACAUAUUGCAGGACUCGAUCAAGCCGGAAUUUCAGAAGUUCUGCAAGAUAUUUUAACUAAACAUUUUGAUGGAAUAUUUAGUUCAGGAGGUCAAUCUCAUAGUAUUAUUCAAGAUAUAUUUAUUACUGGAGGUUUAGCUAAUUUACCUAAUUUUACUUCAAGAGUAGUUAAUGAAUUUACAGCAUUUUUACCAAUAGGUGCACCAUUAAGAGUUAGAAAAGCUCAAAAUCCAAUUACCGAUGCUUGGAGAGGAAUGCAAAAAUGGGCUCAAAAUGAACAAGAUUCUCAAUCAAGUUAUAUAACCAAACAAGAUUAUGAAGAGUAUGGACCAGAAUAUAUUAAAGAACAUGGAUUAGGUAAUGUUUGUAUACGAUGA